UUCUAUAGCUAUAUAUAGUUUAUAAGUAUAUAAAUUAUAUAAUUAACAAGUUUUCAUCCUAGAAAAGUAUGAGUUUCAGUAUAUUCUUCUUUAAAUUAAUUAUUGUUUAAUAAAUUAAUUCAUUAUAGAACUAAAAUUAUUAAUAAAAUGGGAGAACAUUUAAAAAUAAUAGAAUAUUCUAUAAGUUUAUUAUUUAUUAUUCUAGGUGCUGUUUUCUUAAUAUUAACUAAUGAUUUAGUGUCUAUAUUCCUUUUAAUAAAAUUACAAAGUUAUAGUUUAUAUAUAUUAAGUACAAUCUAUAGAAAUUCUAAAUUAUCUACUACUGCAGGUUUAAUUUAUUUCCUAUUAGGUGGAUUAAGUUUAUGUUUUAUCUUAUUAGGUACAGCUUUAUUAUAUAUAAAUUCAGGUACUACUAAUUUAGACAGUUUAUAUAUUAUUAAUAGUAUAAGUAAUUUUAGUAACAUAACUUACUGAUAUUAACUAUAUUAUAUAAGCUUUUCUUUAUUAGUUUUUAGUAUUAGGUUCUUAUUUAAAAUAAGUGUAGCUCCUUUCCAUUUUUAAUCUCCUAAUGUUUAUGGCGCUAUACCUACAAUAGUUACAACAUUUGUAGCUUUAGUUACUAAAAUAUCUAUAUUAGUAUUUUUAUUAGAAUUAGUUUAUUAUACAAGUAAUAACUUUUUAGAUGUAAAUUAAACUUUUAGUUUAAUAAUAAGUUUAUUAUUUUUAUUAUUUAUAGGUAUAAUUAUAGGUUUAAUAUAAUUAGAAUAAAAAGUUUAUUUACUUAUAGUACUAUAUCUUACGUUAGUUAUAUAUUAUUAGCUUUAGGUAUAUUAAGUAUAGAAUCUACUUAAGCUUUUAUAUUCUAUUUAAUAUAAUAUACUAUAAGUAAUUUAAAUACCUUUAUUAUAAUAAUAGCUAUAGGAUUUUCUUUCUAUUGUUAUGUAACUACUAAUAAAGAACAUGAAGAACUAUUAGAUAAAAAUAAUUCUCUAGUA